GGGGGCCGCUCUGCCUCCUGCUGAAAAUGCCGCCGCCGCCUCCCACUCCCGCACCUUCUCUUUAAAUAGAGCCGAGACACGAGCUGAGCCACUGACAUCGCUGCUUCUGCCCAGAAACACUGUCGCCCUGUAUCGCUCGCGUGAAAACGCCCGGCAACAACGGGCACACGCCCAGACUUCUCUCUCCUUUAUUAAGUGACAAGAAAGGGAUCGGGGGUCGCUAUGACAAUGUCUCCCUCAAUUCUGCUGCUGCUGCUGAGUCUCCUGCUGGGCACGUUGGAAGUGUGUGCCGCGGCGCCUCUGGAUAAAGGAGAACAUCCUGAAGAGAUGGUAACACGGUGUAUAGUGGAAGUGCUCUCCAAUGCUUUGGCAAAACCUAAUGCGCCGCCAAUCGACCCAGAAUGCAGAGAAAUCCUAAAGAAAAGCAGCAGACACAAUCAGGAUGAACAAGAGAAUGAUUUGAAGCAAUAUGAAACCAGAAACCUGAAGAAUGCGGCCAGUACUGAUGGUCACCAUCAUAAAAUCAGUGAAGAAGCCAAACCAGAAAACCAUGAAACCAAAGUUCCAGAGGAAGAAGAGAAAUGGCACCACACAGAGAGCGAAAGCCAAGAAGAAAAUGAGAAAAGAGAGACCAAGCAUAUUAAAGACAAUGAAGAAGACACGGGACAUUCCAAAGAAAGAGACUUUGCAGAUGAGGAAGUAGAACCAAUACAUCACAAAGAGCAUAUUCAAAGUGAAGAAGUAAGUAAGGAAGAUAGAGAACAAGCUGAAACUUCACAUGAAAAAAGGCACGAUAUUACGGAUGAGAGGGUCCUUGAAGCAGCCAAAAGUUUAGAAGAGGCUUCUGAGGAAGAUGCAAGAAAUUUAGAGGACAUUAUGAAGAGGCAUCACGACAAUUGGAGAGAACACGUUACACAACCCGUGAAACAUCAUCUGAGCCAUUCUUAUGAAGCAUCCAAAGAAUCAGAUGAAAGUGAAAAUGAAGAAGAGAGAAGAUACAAGCAAAAUCAUGGCAUGUUUGGACAAAGAUUUCUUGGUUAUGAGGAAAAGAGGAGUCAUCAUGCAAAUCAAAUAGAUUCCAGUGAACGAACUGAGGGUGAAGAGAAAAAGCAUAGCGCUCUAAAUGCUUUCGAGGAUCUCAUAAGAAAGAAUCAUUAUGACACAAAAGGCCACAAUGGCAUUCAGAGUUCAGAAGAGUCAAAGGAGAAGAUUCAGCUGCACAGAGGAAGUGAAGAGGUAAGAGAACAAAGUUAUGACAGUGAAGAAAACAAUAAAGAAUUUAAAAGACAUCACAAUACAGUAGAGGAAAGGCAUCAUGAGGAAAAAAAGCGAUGGCCAAUACAACAAAGUGAGGAAGACAAAUUAAAUUAUGAGCAUAGUCAAGAGGACAGUGAAGAAAGUGAGGAAGAUAUUGAGAAGCGACAUGCCAAAGACAGGAAACUAAAGGAAGAACUCAUUGAGAAACUGAGGCAACAUCUGCUAGAUGGUUCAGAUGAACAACAAUAUAACCAUGAAAGAAAACCAGAAGACAAGAAACGUUAUGUGAGCGAAGCAAUGGGUGAAAUAAAAAGAAACUACCCAGAGCAAGAGGAUAAAAAAACCCACUAUGGCCAUCAUUAUGGCAACAAUAAAAAUGACUUUGAGGAGUCAAAUUACUUUGACAAUGAAAAGUACAAAAGACACCACCCUGAAUAUGAGAAAAGAAUAAACCAUUAUGGCUUCCCAGAUGAGAUGAAAUGGAAAAACAGGUUUUAUGAUAAGGAGGAUGACCAUACUUACGACAGCGAGGAAGAAAACAAGAGCGACUUGCAAAACAAAAAUGUCUUUCCAGAGUUCAGUGACUAUGACUGGUGGGGGAAAAAGCAGCUACUGGAGGGUAUGAAUCAUGGAUAUGCUGAGAAAAGGAAUUCUCCCAAAAUGCACAAGUUUGACAUGAAGAGACAGUAUGGCAGAAUGGACGAGCUUGCCCAACUACUCAAUUACAAGAAGAAGUCUGUUGAGUUUCCAGACUUUUAUGACUCGGAAGAGAUAAAGAAGAGGCACAUUAAUGACAGAGGAAGUCUUGGUCAGAGGCCCCUAACAGAACAAGAGGAAAAGGAACUAGAAAAUCUGGCAAUUAUGGACAUGGAGCUGCAAAAGAUAGCGGAGAAGCUGAGCAACAGCCGACAAGGCUGAGCUAAAAAAAAAAAAAAAAAGGACUCUCUGCAAUCCCUGUAGCCGGAAGCUGUUCUGUAGUUCAGAAACAUACCCAGAUUUUUUUCCUCACUGCCUCUUUAAACGGAAACCCCCUCACUUAGUCGAUACAUACAGAGUCAAAUUCACUGUCCACCACGGUUAUGUUACUGUUUGGGAAAGUGUUUGGAGUAUACUACAAAUAUCAAGUGAGCAUGAAAUAUAGCAUUUAUUCAUAUAUGUUCCAGAGACAUUUUAAUGCUUGUGGAUAUUUUUGUGGUAUUGUACGUUAAUACAUUUAUUGUUAAAGAUUUGAAAUAAUAAAAAGCAAAUAAAUCUUG